CUGCAGUGUCCGAUGUCUUCGGUAUGUUUGGCAUCUAAAAGGAAAUAAUUUGUUGAUACCGAAAAUUUAACCCAACGGUCUUGGCAGUAUAUCUGAAGCACAAUGGAAAUACACACAUCUGGAAAUUAAUUGUAUUCGUAACGUGGUUCUAAUUACGAUCUCGACAAUGAUAUCUGUAUACAAUAUUACACUCAGUGAUGAUGCCACAAAUUUGAUUGUCAGUCCUGAUUCAUCUUUGAAUUCGACCGGGGGGGUCGACUGUAACCUGCGACCUUGCUGCGACGUAUAGCGGUUGUUCAAGUCCAAUGGAUUAGGUUCAAUUCCCAGUAUUUUCUUAACGAUACUUAGUUUCUUUGUUUUCCAAAUUUCCUGUGGAGGACAACGGUUUUUAUGGGGAGGGGGCGUGCAUCCCCAACCCUCCGCACCUUGGCUUCGCUCGCCCCUACGCAUGCAUGCAGGCUGCAAUAUUCCAUACGCAAUCCUUGGACAUGAUCAUCGGGUUGACAGCUUUGUCAGAAUAUAGACUGAGACUGCUCUCUUCCUGUUGCUGUUUUACUGAUCAAGGUUAUUAGGACCACGAACUGGCCAAAUCCUGGCUCUCUGUGUAGGCUGUCUCGUGUCAUUUCCGACAGUGGACGCAUUUCCUUCCAAGCAGAUAAUGCAUUUUAAACCCGAUCCACGCUAUCUUCAUGACUGUACCACAGACAUCAUAAAAACAACUGCAGUGAAACAUCUCUCUGAAUAUCAAAGCAAUUCCACCACAAUUCUACCAACGAUGCUCCCCGUUCCCAGCGGCGUUAUGUCCCGUAGAGCUUGGGCUUCGUCACUGAUUGUGUUUCUAACUUUUCUCGGGUUAUGCUCAUGCCGUUCACAAAGGCCUCCUUUAAGGAACGUCGACCCGCCGUUCAAGCAAAGCUUCAACAUAAGCCAAGUAUCAGGAUCUGCAGUGUCCUAUGGACCAAAUAGUUCUGUACCUGAUGUUGGAAAGUUCUACCGCACUCUGACGUUGCAUAAUGAGAUACUGUACGUUGGAGGCAAAUCUCACCUGUUUUCUACCACAGAAAACCUCGAAAUGCGUGAAGAAGUCUCGGUACCCUCAACAUCGAUUUUUAAAGAUAUGGGCUGUGAAUUCUGUGGUGGCAAUUACAUCCGAAUUAUUCAACCUCUUCCGGAUGGAUCCCUUCUAGAAUGCGGGACGAAUUCCCUCGUGCCUUAUUGCCAAAAAAGAUCGACCAAAAAUUUGUCAUCAGUCGGCGAACGACAGACAUUCGAUGGUCACAAUGUGGUACCCUCGCUGCCUCAUCAAAACUCAAGCUGGUUGCUACUGGGAGAUUCAGAAACAACGAAUCAAAUAUUCGUUGGGUCUUACUUGGUUAAUUCUUUUGGCGUUCUCGAGGAGCCAGCCAUUUUGAGGGCGGUGUUGCGCGAGCCGCUAGGUCGGAUUGACGUUCAACUAAAGACCAAGGACAGUCCUCAUACGGUUCUAAACGGGCCGCAGUUUGUUGGAGAUCCGAUCGAAUAUCAGGACAAAAUUUUCUUUUUCUUUCGCGAGUUUGCCUCGGAACACAUGAACAGCGGUAGAAUAGUGUAUUCUCGAGUGUCCAUGGUAUGCAAGGACGAAAUGGGAGGUCGAGAAUAUACAACCCUCACAGAGAAGCAUUUUGUUACGUUUGUGAAAGCUCGGCUUGAGUGCUCCCUUCCCGGCAAAUAUCCCUAUUAUUACAACGAAAUCCAGGAUGUUUACCGAUCAACCGUUGAUCCAAAUGUGGUCUACGCGGUUUUUGCGACAAGGUCCCCUGGAGUUGCCAGUUCGGCAGUGUGUGCCUACCGACUGAAUGAAAUUGAAGACUUGUUUUGGGAAAGCAACUUCUUGGCACAGAAAAAGGACAAAGAGUUGUGGCUGGAAUACUUUGAAGAUGUGAAUAAUGAAGAACUCUUUUCUCCACGACAAGCUACGUGUCCAAAUACGAGGGCGUAUACUGAUGAAGAGUGUAGGAAAAUCCUUGCUCUAGGUCAACUGGUUUACCGAAAGGCCCAAAACUCUUUCCCGUACGAGAACCAAGGUCCAUCUUUCCAUAGGAGAAGGAAUAGAAUCAGCCCCCUCCUGGUAACACACGGAGAACGAUUCACGCAGAUUGUGGUAGACGAGGGCGUCGUCGACUCGGUGGAUGUGAUGUUCAUUGGCACAGAGAAUGGAACGGUGCUUAAGGCAUACCUGAGUAGCGACGGGUCUGAAGCAAGAAUUGUCGAAGAAAUAAGUUUGAACUCAGAAGGGUUGAAGGCACCAGUCUUGACAAUGGUCAAAAGUGAGGCUAGCCAGGCCGUCUUUGUAGGGACAGACAUCGGAGUGUACAAGGUACCCUUCCAGCAUUGCCAAGACUACACCACCUGUCAAUCUUGUUUGGAUUCGAGAGACCCGUACUGCAGAUGGACUGGCAAUUCGUGUUCCAGCGGUCGCACAGACGGGCUUCAAGAUUUGGAAAAUGGUUCUUCAGACCUAUGUCCGGAUAACAAGGAUGACAAGAUCCUUUUCCGGACGCUACCAAAGAGCCAAUCGAGGGCUGUCAAUUUCCCCAACCACCCGGUCAACCUGCACCUCGUAGCCGAGGCUCCACGGGGCAGAAACCUUCGGCCAGUCGGCGUGGACUGCUCCCCGUGCGCGAGCCUGCCUUUCACCCAUUUCAGGUCGGCAUGUGACCGCAGGGAGUUCUUGGUGAUGCACAUCGACGGUUCGUCCGCCGGAACCGAUGACUGCUUUUGCUCAACUGUCUUGGAAAUGGACGGAGGAGUGCGAGCCUCGGCCAACUUCAGUCUCACCGCUGACUCGUCUGAUCCAGUGCAUGCUUCCAAACGUGACUUGGAGGAAUUAGCCACUUUUGACGUCGAAAUGGCACAAUAUAAAUAUGAACUCCAAGAAUGGAAAAGCAUAGUGGCCAAGUCUUGUGAGUUGAGAGACCUGCAGGUCUGUCCUUUAGGUGGCUGUUCGAAUCCCUGAGGAUGUACUACUGAUCUGCUAUUAUUGACAAUUCAAUGGUCUACACUCAAGAAGUUCUAUUUGAGGUUCCAACAUUCUCCUUCCUCGCAGCUGUGCGAUGUUUGUUUAAUCCGAAUUGGCCACACAUCAAAUUUGCUUCGUUUUCAAUUGAAUUAUGAACCGAAUUUAAAACGAAAUUUGAAAGAGAUAUCCCAAGUGUGUUCUGAGAGAAAAAAGCCAUGUAAAAAUGCCCUCUGCUUUCUUCAUAAUUAUAAAGGAGUUAAAGUAAUUUUUUAACUAAUUAAUAUAUAAUUCUUACUAUUGAAUUAAACUGUUUAUUUAUUAAAUAUCCAAUACUUUAUGAAAUAAUACUAUUACUUCAAACAUUUCUAAUGCAAAAACUGCUGCAAACAGGUUGCUGGCUACAGUGACCUAAAAUACGAAUCCAAAAAAUGGGUGGGGCUGACGUUUUGAUCCUAGUCGAAUCUUUCUCGCAGGCAAAAGUUAAAUACUUUUACCCAGCUUCGACAAUGAUACAAAUGUGUAAAAAUCGAUUCUCAGGCCAAUUAUGCAAAAUCAGUCCUACCAAUUUUCUUCAAAUGAAAACUUAAUUUGGUAUUAUAUUUGUUAUGUUAAUAACACUCAGUAGAAAUACGAAGUAUGUUUGGAAUAAUCAGGCAGAGUUGGGAAUGUGUCCAGGUCGAUUAAUGCGUAUAGGGAUUGGGCACAGAGGUACAAAAGAAAUACAUGUAAAUUGUUGGAAAGUCG